CCCCCUCGAAGUCACAACGGGCGAGUGGCCGCUCGGAAGCAAAAGAGCGCAAGUCGGCAACGCGGGCGGGCAGGCAGGCAGGCAGGCGGCGCGCACAUGGCCGCCCUCAUCAGCGCCUACUCGUCGUGGCCCGAGUCGUUCGAGUGUCCCCCGGCGGAAGGCGACUUGGCCUCCGACGCGCAUCUGGGCGGCGGCGGCGACAAGCCGCCCGAGCCGCGCAUCCGGCGGCCCAUGAACGCCUUCAUGGUUUGGGCCAAGGACGAGCGCAAGCGGCUGGCCGUGCAGAACCCGGACCUGCACAACGCCGAACUCAGCAAGAUGCUCGGGAAGUCGUGGAAGGCCCUGACGCCGCCCCAGAAGAGGCCCUACGUGGAGGAAGCCGAGCGCCUGCGUGUGCAGCACAUGCAGGACUACCCCAACUACAAGUACCGGCCCCGCCGCAAGAAGCAGCUGAAGCGCAUCUGCAAGCGGGUGGACCCCGCCUUCCUGCUGGCCGGCCUGCCCCCCGACCAGAACGCUCUGCCCGAGCAUCGGGCCCUGCGCCGCCCCCUGGAUAAGGACGACGGGAGCCACCCGCCGGCGGCCGCCAUCCACUUCGCCGGCCCAGGCCCCGGCCCCGCCCCGCCCGGCUUCCGGGACCCGGCGGGGCCCGGCGGCUUCGACGCCUACCCCUACGGCCUUCCCACCCCUCCCGAGAUGUCGCCUCCCUCCUACUACCCCGCCGUGUCCUGCCCUUCCCCCGACGGGCGCCACGCCGGCCAGAUGGGCAGCCCGCCGCCGUACCAGCCGGACUACGCUCCGAGCCGCGCGCCGUGCGCGGGGCCGCACGUGUCCCACGUGACCCCGGGUCAGAACGGCGGCCCCAUCCCCGGCUCGUACUACGCCGCCUCGCCGUUCCCGCCGGCCCACCACGUCCUCCGGCACGGCCACGCGGGGCAGCUGUCCCCACCGCCGGAGACGCACGGCCACCUGGAGACUCUGGAUCAGCUGAGCCAGGCCGAGCUCCUGGACGAGGUGGACCGCGACGAGUUUGACCAGUACCUCAACUCGGCAGGGGGCGGCUUCCACGGCGAGCAAGGCGGCGGGGGCGGGGGGGGCACGGGCCACCUCCAGGUGUCCGCCGGCGCCGCCACAGAGACCAGCCUGAUUUCGGUCCUGGCCGACGCCACCGCCGCCUACUACAACAACUACGGCAUCUCGUGAGCUGCGGGGGCCGCCGCGCUCAAAGACGCUUCCCGCAUCCGUCCCUUCAUUUUCUAGCGCCGCUCCCGUUCGGGGUCACGCGUCGGCGGGGGUGGGGGGGGUCGUCCCCGGAGAGUUUGGCGCACCCCGAACUGGCCGCCAAUCAAUCCCGGCGCACGCUAAACGCAUCCGUUGGCUUCGUAGACCACCGCGCCCGUGAAGCUCGCCGGCGACCUGAGCCGACUCUCAGUCGCGCCCACCUUAAGUGGCGCCAACGCACACCAGGAGCUGUCCGUCCAUCCGUUUUCCGUAGCGCUUGUCCUCAUUCGGGCCCCGGCAGAUUGAAGAGUUUUCGGCAAGGGAACUCCGAACGGCUCCCUUUCCCGGCAAACGUUAUUUGGGAGCCUUCCGCCUCGCCGAGGAGGCUUUCGUGCUUUAGCUGGAGGCUCCCCGAGCCGCCUCGGCACUUUUGGCGACAGAAGCGGGCUUGUUUCUCGCAACACGCAUCCGCCGUCGCUAUAGAGACGUCCAUCCAAACGGUUUGGUUUUUCCAUCCGCAUCGGGGUGGCGGGGUCACGAUCCCCCCCAAAGACUUCUCCCCUUUGGUAAGAGGAGCACCUGGACCGGUGGCCAAUUAAUCGUAGCACACGUACGUCAGCAAAGAACUCUUGACACCCAAAUUUAGGAGGAACCGCGGCACCUCAGGGAAGGCGAUGGGGGGGGGGGGGGGGGCCUCCGCUCGUCAUCUACAUUUUUUUGUGCGAGCAGAAGCACUGAUGGACGCUCGCCAGGAGCUCAUUGAAAGCUUCUCGUUUUGGUCAUCCUUUCCCUCGCCAAGACCGACCUCGCUACUCGUCCCCCCUGUGAGGGUUUUGUCUCCAGUACGCCCCCUGCCCCCACCUCCCCUCCCCCCGCCCCUAUCAAAUGCUUAAUAAUACAACUAUAACCGUGUCUAUGAUUGAGCUAGGGUGAAAUGUAUGCCCGUUUAGAUUGUAAUUUAAAAGUGAUGAAUUGUCAUUUCCUGUGCAAAUCAAUAAAGGCCGAUGCUGGUGCCCAAGUGGAA